CUGUAAAUGAAGGAGCAGCGUUUAGUUGGUAGACUCCGUGCCCUGCCCGUGAACGAACGCCUGCCCGCCAGCCCCUCCUUCCAACAGACCGGCCGUUUUGUGCUGUGUGGCGCUCGGAGGAGACGUACGGAUGGGUUUCAAGCAAGCUUUGGGUUGUCCCGGGCUGGCGAGGACGCCUGUCGGCGGGGUUGCUGCUGAUCCAGCGCGCAGGGCAAAAGCUCUUGUUCUAAUCUGAGUCCUGAGGGCUUGCAGCGCUUGUGUCGGAUGAAGGUCACUAAAUGUGACUGAACAAUAGAAGCUGCUCACAAACUGGCCUGCCGGGGAAAGCAAAAGAAGACGCUUCAGGUCGUUUUGUCUUUAUCGUAAAUAAAUACGGGAUUGUUGUCUGCUCUUGCAGGUGUUUUAGGUCUGCUUAUUCAAGCAGCUGAGGUAAUGGGGAUUUUGCUUCCAGUUUUGAGAACGGGAACUCUCAAACGAGCUCCUUACAGAAACGCUACGUGCUCUCCUUUUGCUGGCUUGCACAGAAGGUGGUAUUGCUUCCUAGCCCGCGCAGUUAGCAUCUCACUCUUGUGUACAGACCCCUGUCAUCAGGCUGUGCUCCUCACUGAAGCCUGUGAUACGAGCCGAAUUCAUAAACCUAGCCGUAAACUUAAAGCAGGAUAAAAUGGUACCUCAGCUCCCUUGAUGAUGGGCAGUGUGACGGCAAUGACGGUAUUUUUUCCUUUGGACACAGCUAGGCUUAGACUUCAGGUUGAUGAGAAAAGGAAGUCAAAGACAACACCAGCAGUCCUACUGGAAAUAAUCAAAGAAGAAGGCUUGCUGGCACCAUAUCGAGGAUGGUUCCCUGUUAUCUCCAGCCUGUGCUGCUCCAAUUUUGUUUAUUUCUAUACGUUUAAUAGUCUUAAAACUCUCUGGGUCAAAGGUCAGCAUUCAACCACUGGAAAAGACUUGGUUCUUGGGGUUGUUGCAGGUGUAGCGAACGUACUCUUGACCACUCCUCUUUGGGUAGUGAACACACGGCUGAAGCUGCAGGGAGCAAAAUUUAGAAAUGAAGACAUUGUACCAACCAAUUAUAAAGGCAUAAUAGAUGCCUUUCAUCAGAUAAUACGAGAUGAAGGAGUCUUAGCUUUAUGGAAUGGUACAUUUCCCUCCUUGCUGCUGGUCUUCAAUCCUGCUAUACAGUUCAUGUUUUAUGAAGGCUUUAAACGGAAACUUUUGAAAAGACAGGAGGAACUCACGUCUUUGGAUGUUUUUGUCAUUGGUGCGAUAGCCAAGGCGGUUGCCACCACCCUCACUUAUCCUCUGCAGACAGUGCAGUCAAUUCUGCGGUUUGGACGCCAUAGGUUGAACCCAGAGAACCGAACACUAGGCAGUCUUAAAAAUGUUUUUUACCUUCUUCGGGAGAGAGUGAGGCGGUUUGGAUUAAUGGGACUCUACAAAGGCCUUGAAGCAAAGCUCCUGCAGACAGUCCUUACUGCUGCUCUUAUGAUUCUAGUGUAUGAGAAACUGACUGCUGCAACCUUCACGGUCAUGGGAUUAAAGCAUUCACGCAGACAUUGAAAAAGGAACCUAUGCCAAAGAUUUUGGGCUCCGGAAAGACACAUUCCAUUUCUGAGGCCACACUGGGUAGUAAAAGGUCCUCACUUUCUCUUUAUUUCUGUUUUCUUUUUAGCCAUGUCCAUUAUUUGGAGAAAUUUAGAAUACGUUCUGUAGGACUUGUUGCCAUGACUUUGGGGAUAGCCCAAUCCCCGCUCUUCUGUGGACUCACUGUGUUAAGAAACAAAGCAGAGACCUUCUUGAAACACUUGAAAUUUUAAUUGCCAUAUGAUUUGGCUGAUGUUCUUGGUGAGAAUGAGUAUCUCUUAUGAUGCUUAACUUCCUUGUUUUCCCUUGAAUUAUCCUUAACUAUUAUUCUGUCUUUACCUUCUGUCAACAGCUGGUGGGGCUGGUUUCAUGUUAUUCUCCUCGCACUCUGUUUUUGUCACUUGAUUUGUGAUUCAUUAAAAUAAUGAAGAGCAA